AUGAGUAUUGCAGAAACAGAUCCUGCUGCCAACACCACUGAUAUAUCAACUACAACAACAGAACUGACGACAGAGAUAGGUGGAGGUUCAGACAGCUCAAAGAUCGAAGUGGUUUCAGUUACGGAAGAAGAUUUCCCCCCGGUAGAAACGCCCAACACUCUUAUUGUCAGUCCCCUUGGCAGCUUUAUUGCAGAUUUUCAACCAGAGAAAGAUCCAGGCAACCCAGAAGAGCUUCAUUCUCAAGCUGCACCCAGUCCAACCAUGCCAGUCACAAAAGUUCAGCCUUUUGUUCAUGCAGACAAUGACUUGGUUAAGGGAUGGAAAAACAGAGUCAUUCUUCAUCGAUUUGAACUGCUGAUCGCUUCAAGCCUCAUCUUGAUGAUGUUUCUUGUUCUCGGGAUUGGCCUCGGAGUGGGUCUAAGCUGUGUGGGAAAGUUUCGCUGUGGUUCAUCAUCCCAGUGUGUCAGUACUAUGGCUCAGUGUGAUGGAACAAUGGAUUGUGAAAACCAUGAAGAUGAGCUUGGUUGUGUACGUCUGAGUGGCAGGAGAUCAGUUCUGCAGGUUCAAAAGAGAGGAGAGUGGAGGACAGUGUGCUCUGAGGAAUGGAACAUCCAGCUAGGGAUCUCUGCCUGCAAGCAACUGGGAUACUCAAGGCAUGUGGAGUCCUCCUACAUCUCACUGACCUCCAUCGAGCAGGACCUUCAAACCAACCUAAUUUCCAUCAACUACAGCCAGGCAGAGGUCAUUAAGCUUCAGAGUGCUGCAACCUUCAGUAAGAAGCAGUGCAGCUCAGGCAUGGUGACCUCUCUGAAAUGUAUUGAGUGUGGUUCUAGGCCUCAGUACAAGGCUCGAAUUGUGGGGGGUAAUGUCUCCAAACCAGGUCAGUUUCCCUGGCAGGUCAGUCUCCACUUCCAGAGGGAACAUAUUUGUGGAGGCUCCAUCAUAACAUUAAGCUGGAUUCUCACUGCAGCUCAUUGUGUGUAUGGAUUUGAAAACUCUUCCCUGUGGACGGUUCAUGUGGGGCUGACAGAACAGCUGAUCCAUGGCGCCCAUUCUCUGGCUGUAAGGAGAAUCAUACGCCACGCUCAGUACUGGCCAAAAGGACUGGAUUACGACAUUGCACUGAUAAGGCUACAGGAGCCGCUUGUUUUUGAUGGCUUUGUGAGACCCAUUUGUUUGCCUAACUAUGGAGAGGAGUUUACAGAAGGUAAGAUGUGCUGGAUAUCUGGUUGGGGAGCCACAGAAGAAGACGGAGAGUCCAGUGUGGUUCUACGCUCGGCUACGAUACCGCUCAUCUCUACCAAGACCUGCAACCAGGCAGAUGUUUACAAAGGCCUAAUCUCUUCCUGGAUGAUAUGUGCAGGAUAUCUGGAAGGAGGAAUUGACUCCUGUCAGGGGGACAGCGGGGGCCCGCUUGCAUGUGAAGACUCAUCCGUGUGGAAGCUUGUUGGAGUGACUAGUUGGGGGGUUGGCUGUGCUGAGAGGAACAAACCAGGAGUUUACACUAGCAUUACAAAGGCACUCAGCUGGAUCCGCCUACAGAUGGAAAGAGAAGAGGCUUUGAGUCUGGCAACCACAACAUAUAACUGAAAACCAAAGUUCGACCAACACCCUGGCUUCCAAAAGAUUCAUAUCAAACCAAUUUAAAAAUCUUUGAAGAGGGACAGAAACGUCUGCUUUAAGGUGAACAUAUGGAUGCGACAAACAGGGGAGAGUUGGGCAUUCUUUAUUCCAAAAUAGAAAGCUCUAAGGAAAAACAGACAAGAUCAUGGUGAACAAACCCAAAUGAAGAACAGCUGUGUGCGGUCACAUGGGCCAAGUGUCUAACAAGACUGAUAAAAACUAAUGUUCAGUACAGGCUUACCAUGAUUCAGACAACUGCCACCCCAAUUCGUGGCGUAACGACAGCUUAAUGAAGACAUUUUGAAUACUUCACCAGAACAGUGACAGAAGACCAAACGAAGGCGUUUUCCUUCCAGUUCUUCUUGAACCGAAUUUCCUUAAUCUAUGCAGUAGAAACAUCACAAAGAAACAAAAAGCUGAAUGCAUCCCAAACAUCCUGCUGCUUGUUGGUGUGACCCGCUGUGGAGCGUCUUUCCACAGAUCUCAGUCUCUCACCCUGUGAUUGUGUAGUUAGCAUAGUGUUCUUGAUUGUGCAAUUGACAUGGUCAUGCCAAGGGUACAACUGUGAAAUGAUUCAAAUACGUAAUGCAUAGUAUACACAAUAUGGGUAAACUGGAGUUGGAUAAAAA